UUCAUAAUGGAUAAUAAUUUACUUCAGUCACAAAUCCAUGAAAGUUGCAAAUUAAGUUUACCUGAAGGCUUAAAAGAUUUAAUGAGUGAUAUAUCCAGGGAAGUUCUAAGGGCCCAACCGCAGAACUUAUAUCAAUUUAUAGCCAAUUAUCUUGAAGCUCUUCUAGAAGUUAGAGAUGUAUUAUCUAUCGCUUAUGACAUUUGUACUGACACGUGUGAAUGCACUUGUGAGCCAGAACUGCACAGUGAGUUAAAAGCGAUUGGCUUGGACCAGAAUAAUCUUGAUAAGGCCGUGGAAAUAAUAGGAACACAUUUAAAGAACGAGUCAGUAAACGAACCAAGUCUACUCGCAAAAUUGGUAAACAAAACUAGCAUUGACGAAUUAUACAUACCCGCUAUUCAAGGAGCCGUCCAGAGAGCCUUUAAAAGACAACAACUGAAAAAUACAAAAGUUAAGUACUCGCAAAAUGACCCGAAUGAUAAAACGACGAAUGCUGUCCAACACACCAUUAAACUUUAUCAACAAAGAAAACCUAAGAGUAAACAACUCUUCGCACAAACAGCCCUUAAAUCAUGUAUUGAACUUAAAUCUGGUGACUCGUCUGGUGAUUUUGACAAAGCAUCUUUUCAAGAGCAAGAUCAAUCCAUAAACAAUAAUGUUGGUAAAGAAUUAUUAAAUACAAAUGAUAAUGACUUAGAAAAUGACCGUAAUUAUGAUUUAUAUUACCCAAAAUAUAUAAUUGAAGACGAAGAUAUAGAAGAGGAAAUCGUUGAACAUGAAAAAUCAAGGAAGAACUCAAUCGUUUCUUCUGUUGACGAAUCUUUGGCAAAUGCUGAUGAUAGUGAUGAUGGGUCAAUGUGAAUUCGUUUAAACAAUUAAUUUGUUGUUUUAAAUAAAAUGAAGCUUUACUUUAAUUAAAAUUUAUUGUGUCUUAUCAACUAAUCGUAGGGCAGAUAUAAACAAUUACGCUAAAAAUUAGAUUUUUUUUUGGUAAACAAUAUGUUAAAAAAUAGACUGUACAACAAAGCAUUUAUAAUUCAAUAAAUUUAUGUAAAUUUUUGUUGUCAAAAAUACAUUUUUUUACUUUAAUUAUAAAUACU